AUGCUUUUCCUGUCGACGGAGAAAGCUAAAAUGUAUACCUGCGGAUGGACCGUGAACUGCUCUGCUCGAAAGCGGGAAUGUCAAUAUCAAGCUGAAGUCGGUCGCGCCGAGACCAACACCAUCACUUCGAGGGAGCGUAUCGCGCAAUUAGAGUCCACGACGUCCAGUCUCUGGCGGGCGGUCAGCCGGAUCCAAAGCGAGCUUGGUCAUGUUCAAGAUUCAACACUGGACGACAUCGCUUCGACUGCCAGACACGAUACUGAGUCGGAGGACUCAGACACGACUCCAAUCGCCCCGCCGACACAUCUGCAGCAGCUGUUUGACAAUGAAUAUGUCGACACUCGCGCCAAUGGUGGGUCGGCAGCCACAGGCUCAAACUAUGAGCGAGCGUCGAGCGCGCUUGUAGUGAAAGCAAGAUCGCGGCUUCAGCACCUCAUUCCCAGCAAGGCGGAUAUAACUGCGCUCUGCGCCCCAUCGCUGUCCCCAUCGCUGGAAUGGAUCAGCAUAUAUGCUGCUCUUUUUCCGACGAUAAAUAUGUUCAACACGGCAGAGGACAUGAUCACUCAGCACGAUGAGCUUUCAACUGCCGGAGCCGAUCCCAUCACAAUCGCAGGCCUGCUGUCGACUACUGCGAUCAUCUUGCUUCACAGACCUGCAGAUGCUGCUCCCGUUCCAGGCAUUGAAAAUCCCACAUCAUGGAUAAAACAUGUCAAUGAUGCGGUAGAGCAAGUGGUAAUCAAAGAAGACGAUCUUGUCUGCUCCGUUGAAGGCAUCGAAACGACGCUCCUCUUCGCGCGACUGUAG